AUGAACUAUGCGCUGCUCCCAGGGAUAUUGUUAUUGCUGGUGGUGGUCGCCAUCACCGUCUGCUUUCUGGCAGCGGUCCCAUUGUGGAAGCUGCGGCUUCUGUGGAAUUCCAAAGCCUCACUUACGACGCCGGCAGAUUGGUGGCUCUAUGCUUUAACUCGCUGUCCCUGCUUGACUUUGAUGUUCGGGAUCCUCCUUCCUUGCAGCUUUGGACUUGUGGGCGCUGCUGCUUCAGGAUUUUCGGUAAAUGUGAAUUUGGAUUUCUCUGAAUAUUUGGAAGCUGAGUUGGAGGAACAAUAUUUGUUGAAUGUGGCCACUGAAGCUUCCUUACGGCAAGUGCGAAAGCCCUUCAGCACCGAGCUGCAAGAGCAAUUCGAGGGGUGGACGGCUGACCGCUAUGAGAAUAGGCGACACGGAACUGACAACAUCGCAGACGUUUGGCAGCCGGAUAUCUCCCGGAUGGUCAUCGCUAAGGCGCCUCGAGGUUUAUAUGAGGGUGUCCCGCUGAUCUUUCGCUUGUGGAGCCUGGACAUUUUCUACGAAGCCGUCGAUCAAGAAAAAGGCAUCUUCACUGAAGAGGCUCUGAAUGAAAUCAGAGACUUUGAGAACCAGUUGGUCUCGUUUUCUGGAUAUUCGACGUUCUGCCGAAGGUGGGACUCUUUUGGGGAAUUGCCAUGUGACGCUCCAAGUUCAGUAAAGAAUCUCUUCUUCACCAUGCCCAAUUCCAGCCGGGACUCAUCCACCAUGGAGCUGGUCUAUGAUGGGACUGGCAAGUUAGCAAGCAUCGAUUUGGCUUUAGAGGAGCUAGCCAGAAAUGAAGUCCGGUGGUGGACUGAGAGCGAUUUCAACAGCAAGAAGCUCAAGAGUCAGUACACGAGGUCAACUUUUUAUGGUGGUGCUCCAUUGAUUGGUUAUAGCACCUGGCAUGACCGACAAGCCGAACAGGAGGCGAAGAUUCAUGAUUUUCUGGGCCGUUUGUUUAGAGACUAUUUGCGCGGGGCAGAUGUGCCUUCCAGUGAUCCCAUCCACUUGCCCUACAAGCACGUGAAGUUCGCAUGGUAUGAAAAAAGGAUGCACAGCUAUGAGGUCUUGUACUACUUGUGGUACGACAUGUUAUUUGCCUUCGGCACCCUGACGAUGGUGACUUUGAUGGUUUUGAUGAGAUUUCAGAAUGUCUUCAUCACCUUCUUCGCUGCAAUAGGCGCACACUUGGCCUUCUCCGGGGCAAGCAGUGCUUUACGUCUCUAA